CGUUUCUAACUAUAACAAGCAAAUCACACAACUUAGAUAACAUGCAAAUUCCAUAGUAAUAUUAAAUUGAUACAAAUAGUAGUAAUAAUAUAAAAUAAUAGCACAUUAAGUAAUAUUUAUAAUAAUUUAAUUUUGAAAGUCAUUUGGGAAACCUUACCAUCUUUAUCUACUUGCUUUCAAAGAUAUUAAACUCUAUGUAAAACGAAAUUAAUCCCAAACACUGGCUUAGAUUAUUCACCUCGUACUUUUACUUUUUGGAAACCUGAGAGGAGGAGCUGCUACUGUGUUCUUUAAAGUGUUAAUGUUUUUCAAAAUAAACUUUCUGUGACCUGCAAAUAACUUCCACAGAAACCUACGAAUUAUUUAUAUGUAAAACAUAAAUUGAUUUACUUCGUUCAAAACAAAACAAAAUAUGGAUAAAAAAAGAGACUUGUUAUUAGGACUUCAAUCAAAUUCCAAUUUAACUAAUGUCACAUUUAAGGAGCAAUAUUUAAAUGACAAAGGAAGUGAUUCGAGUACAGAACCGGAUGUAUUAAGGAGAAGCAAUUCCUUGCCAAUAAUUAUUUCCACCGAAAUGAUCUGCGGUUGGAAGAAAAAAAACACACAUAGUGAUCAUAAAAAGUGUAUUACCAAAGAAUCAAAUCGUCAAUCAUUACAUCUAAUUGAUACAUCAUCUUCAUCAAAGUUUGAUUUUUUCAAAAAUGAAACUGGAACUAAGUCACUUCAGGAUUUGCAGAUUGAUGUUGAUGCACUUAUAGAAUUUCGAAACGUAGUUAUUGAAAAAUUUCCAGACUUAAAAUCAAAAAUGAUGUCCAUGGGUGCAGCAGUUCUAUCAAAAAAGAAUCAAUUUAAAAAAAAGAAGAUACGAAAAAAAACGGGUACAUCUAUAAACGCACAGAAAAACCUAUUUAUAUAUCCAGUAGAAGUAAUAGACGAAGCAGUACCAUCAUUCUUUUCUCGUAGUCGGAGUAAUUCUAAUUGUUGUAAAAAAGAACCAAAGAGUGGUGAAGGAAGUGGAUCCACUGUGCAGGAUUCUGGAUUUUCAACAGAGACAACUUCAUCUAAGGAGGGCUGUAGCACUUUUACAUCUUCUACCGGCUUGCAGGUAGUAAAUGCAUCUAAUCGUCUGUUUUGUGAUUCAGAUGAUGAAUUGUUAAAUCUACUGGACGUAAUUUUUAGAAAAACUUUAAAAUUUCGAAAAAAAUGUCCUUCUAUGUCUAACUUUGAGUGUGAUAAAAAUGAAAGGCAUACCACGUUAGGGUGUAGUCCAAACUUUAGAACUUCAAAUAUUUUGCAUCCAAAAAUUCUGCGUUUUAAUAAAAAUCAUCCCUUUAAACAAAAUUUGCUAAGGCUUAACAUAGAACGGGAUAUGAUACUUUUAAAUGUUGCAGAACUGGAGUCUGAAGUUAUAAAAAAUCGAAUUAAAAUUUCAAAGAUGGAAACAAAAUUAGCGUUAUUAUCAUCGGAGAAAAAGAACCUCGAAGAAGAACUGAAAGCAGCUCUCAAUCGGAACAAAGAACUCAAUUUUGAAUUUUUUCAACGCAAUUGUGAUAUUACUAGCCGCAAGGAUGUAAGGCCAAAACCAGUUGAUGAUAUUAGGUGUCAACCUGAAAUACAUGUAAAACAUCAAUGCUUACAUUUGUUAAAUAAAAACUAUGGCAAAGGAACUGAUCAAACAAGAUCAAAAAAAAUACGUCAAAAUAUCCCAAGUGAAAAUGGCAGAAGGUUGCAAUCUUCAACUUGCGGGAAUAUAUUUUCAGAAGUAAAUAAUAAUUCUGAAAAUUUAGUUAUUGCAAAGAAAAAAGGGACAAUAUUAUAUAACGAGGAGUUUGUUUAUAACAGUGGUAAAAGCGACAACCAACAUUUGGGAAAACUUGAUGGAGUAUUAAGUUCUCCAAAAUGUCUUUUUAAGGCUAGAGAAAUAGAUUCUGAUAAAGUUGCAGCAAUAUUACUCGAAAAAAAUCCCAUAGAACUCCAAAGACACCUUCUCACACUAACAGUUGAAAAUCAGGCAAGAAGAUCAUAUCCGGAGCACAAUGAUCGAAAAACCAUACCAUCCGUUAUAAAAAAAAAUGCAUCCAAGCAUUUAAUGCAACAAAUUGAAAAUAUAUCUGACUAUAAACAUGAUUACGAUAAUAACUGCUCAGUGGAAUACUUAAAUAAUUUUGAACAUUUAUUCUAUGAGAAUGUUGAAGCCAUCAACAGAGAUAAAAACAUUGGUGGAAUUCUGGCUCAUGACCAGAAAAUUUAUAACGCGUGUAAAAAAAACAGCCAGGUAACUAAUAGAGUAAAACCAAGUAGAAUACCACUUUUUGAUUCAAAAACACUCCAUUCAACAAAAGAAAGUCAAAAAUCGUUAAGCUUAAGCAAAGGGAAUAUACUUACCCAGAACAGUCAUUUAAAUCAACAAGAUUCGCUCACAUUUAAAAAUAGAGUAUCGCUGACUCAUGUUAAUACCAGCCCCAAAAAAAAAAACCAGGAUCCAAAAACUAAACAAAUUUUUCACUUAAAAACUCCACCGAAGUCUAAACUGAAUUUCACAAGUAAUGAAUAUAUUCAAACAGAUAAAACAGCUGAAUUCACAAAAAAACUUAUUCAAAACAAACACUCAGAUCCUCUUAUAACCUUUCCAAUCCGAACCGAUAGGGAAAAAAGGCUAAAAUUUAUUUUUGAUUCAAAUGAAAAACUCGUAAGGAAAAGAGAUACAAAAACUAAAAUGGAUACUGAACAAAAUAAAGGAUAUUUGAAGCAAUCUGGCGUCAACAUGCUUAUUGGAGGUGUUAUCAAAAGCAGUUAUAAAAAUUCAAUAACGAAUUCAUCAAUUAACAACAGUAUUGGAGAAAAUGAGCCUCUAACUGAUGAUCAUAUUGGAACAGUAAGCAACUUUCGAUCUGCACUCUUUGGUUGGUUAAAGAUAUAAACCAGCUAAAUAGAAUACUAAAAUGGUGAAGGGUUUUGAACUACAUACUUUGCGAUUUCUUGUAAGAUUUUAAUGGGCUAAUUUAGUUCUUGCAUCAAGCAAUCUUUCAUAAACUGUAAUAUAAUUUUAUUAAAACAAGAAAAAUAUAGCUUAAUCUGAAAAUCA